AUGCCCUCAAAAGUGUCAUGCCUGUAUGUCCUGACAGUGAUUUGCUGGGCAAGUGCCCUUUGGUACUUAAGCAUAUCCAGACCCACAUCCACGUACGUGGGACAGCUCUCAGUCCCCGUGCGUAAGACGGUGAGAACUCAAAAAAGCUCGAACGUCACGUUCAACAACAUCAGGACGCGCCCCCUUAACCCACACUCCUUCGAGUUCGUCAUCAACGAGCCGAAAAAGUGCGAGGCGGACGCCCCAUUUUUGGUGAUCCUCAUCAGCACCACGCACAAGGAGUUCGACGCCCGUCAGGCCAUCCGCGAGACGUGGGGGGACCAGAGCACUUUCAGCGACAUCCGGAUUGUCACGCUCUUCCUCCUGGGUCGUAACACCGACUCGGUGCUCAACCAGAUGGUGGAACAGGAGAGUCAGAUUUUUCACGACAUCGUGGUGGAGGAUUUCAUCGACUCUUACCACAACCUCACUCUCAAGACGCUGAUGGGAAUGCGUUGGGUGGCAAACUACUGCUCUAAGGCCAAAUACGUGAUGAAGACAGACAGCGACAUCUUUGUGAAUAUGGACAACCUGAUCUAUAAGCUGCUUAAACCCACCACCAAGCCAAGGAGGAGGUAUUUUACUGGUUACGUCAUAAACGGGGGGCCGAUCAGAGACAUGCGAAGCAAAUGGUACAUGCCUCGAGAUUUGUACCCGGAGAGCAAGUACCCGCCCUUCUGCUCGGGCACGGGUUACGUCUUUUCGGCCGACGUGGCUGAGCUGAUUUAUAAGACCUCCCUCCACACGAGACUGCUUCACCUGGAGGACGUAUAUGUGGGGCUUUGCCUAAGGAAGCUGGGUAUUCACCCUUAUCAGAACAGUGGCUUCAAUCACUGGAAAAUGGCCUACAGUCUCUGUCGUUAUCGCAGAGUAAUAACGGUGCAUCAGAUCUCUCCCGAGGAGAUCCAUCGUAUAUGGAACGACAUGACCAGUAAGAAACAUCUCAAAUGCUAG